AUGCCUCUCACCACGUGCAUUGCUGACUUCAAUAUUAUUAGCACAGGUGAGAAGGUAAUGCCAUCCGAUGCGACUAAUUCACCUGCCACCAUUCAGCAGGGACAAAUGUUUGUGCCAACAGUUACGAAUGGUGGCAACAUUGAUCCUUAUGUGGUGACUCGUGCAGAGCCGUGUGGAUCAAUGGUAAUGCAGCAGGCUUGUGUGUCUCCGUACGUGGGUGAGUAUAUUGGCAGGAACUGUGGCGUUGUCUGUGCAAUGGGAGUGAACGGUGUCGUAUCGGAACCGCUGGUUGUAUCCAGCACCUCUACACUAACUAGUAGUGAGGAUGCAUUCAUUUUCAUGUCCGCGCACGAAAAGGCGGACCACAUACGACAUCUUGCCCAAAUAAGCGGGUGUCACUUAAGCUCAUCCCAACUCAUUCCCAUAAGCUUGCCCAUGUAUGGUGGAACCGGGCGUGUCAACAUCCAAUACCCGCAUGACCCAAAAUUGGUGUUUGUGCCAGCCAAUGCGAAGGGUUGGAUUGGUGUGGUGGUGCGACCUACCCUGAUGUCGGACCAGGCCGCACAACACGUGAUGACCUCAGAGCAUCAGGCUGCGUGUUAUGAGAACCAGUGCAGUGCGUCAACAAACGCUGUGCCGCCACCACCAUCACCAACACCAAUAUGUGCAAUGGUGGAAUGCUGA